ACCUCCCUCCUUUGAGCUGUCAGUUGACAGCGCAACACCGAGCCGGAAGCAUCGUAGGAAAUAACACAGAUUUGAUAAACCGUAGAUUUUAGAUUUCUCCUCUUUGUCACUGCAAUAACGGUUGGGACACUAGCAUAUUUUGAGGCUGACCAACGAACGCGUAAGAAACAUAAAAUCUAAAAGGACUGACUAGCUUUCUAGUUUAGCAAGCUAUCGUUAGCUUUGGCCAGUGCAGCCGCUGCUCUGCAACAGCUAGCUAAGGACGGAGUGUGUAGUAGGCAGGCGAGCUCCGUUGCAAUCUAAAACCUAAGGCAAAUUGGAGUAUCUAGCUAAUACAGAAAAGACUACAGUUGUUUUUGAUUGCUCGCUAACUAAAUGCAGAGUGUAGGUGAUCAUUGAGAGGCUACUCUCCCAGCUCCAGAACGAACUGUCACUGACUGGGUGAUAUCCAGCCAAUUGCCACUAAAGAUGGCUACAGCGAGCAGCAUUGCCGCAUCUAUUGCAAGCAAGACGAAGAAAAAACACUUCGUAGCUCAAAAAGUGAAGCUCUUCCGAGCCAGCGACCCUCUGCUCAGCGUCCUCAUGUGGGGAGUCAACCAUUCGAUCAAUGAGUUGAGCCAUGUUCAGAUCCCUAUCAUGUUGAUGCCUGAUGACUUCAAGGCCUACUCCAAGAUUAAGGUGGACAAUCACCUCUUCAACAAGGAGAACAUGCCGAGCCAUUUCAAGUUUAAGGAGUACUGUCCUCUGGUGUUCCGCAACCUCAGAGAGAGGUUUGGCAUCGAUGACCAGGAUUUCCAGAAUUCCCUGACCCGUGCGGCUCCGUUGAACAGUGAUGCUCAGGGUCGGACUGGCGCUCGCUUUCACACCACCUACGACAAACACUACGUCAUCAAAACCAUCACCAGCGAGGAUGUGGCUGAGAUGCACAACAUCCUCAAGAAGUACCACCAGUUCAUAGUGGAGUGUCAUGGCAACACGCUGCUGCCUCAGUUCCUGGGGAUGUACCGCCUCACGGUGGACGGAGACGAGACCUACAUGAUCGUCACCAGGAACAUCUUCUCCCACCGCCUCCCCGUCUACAAAAAAUACGAUCUGAAGGGCUCCACUGUGGCCAGGGAGGCCAGCGACAAGGAGAAGCAGCCACGCCCUCCUGAGGAUGCGCCCCCGCGGCCCAAAUCUAAUGUUCAGCAAAGGCUGCAAACGCUGCGGAUCGCCACGCGCUUUUACUGCGCCAUGAAACACGUAAGAGACGCCAAGGAGCUGCCCACCUACAAGGACAACGACUUCAUCAACGAUGGACAGAAGAUCUGCAUCGACGACGACAACAAGAAGAUGUUCCUGGAGAAGCUACGUAAAGACGUGGAGUUCCUGGCCCAGUUGAAGCUGAUGGACUACAGUCUGCUGGUGGGGAUCCAUGAUGUGGAGCGGGCUGAGCAGGAGGAGGUGGAGAGUGAGGAUAACGAGGGGGACGAUGAGGGGGAGAGUGACGGAGGGAUUGGCACUCCCCCUGACUCCCCCAGUAACACCCUGGACAGCACCAAGCCCCUGUCCCCUGGGGAGUUUGACCCCACCAUAGACGUCUAUGCCAUCAAGAGCAACGACGGUGCUCCUAGGAAGGAGGUGUACUUCAUGGCGGUCAUUGAUAUUCUGCAGCAUUACGAUGCCAAGAAGAAGGCCGCUCACGCUGCCAAGACCGUCAAACACGGAGCGGGAGCGGAGAUCUCCACGGUGAACCCAGAGCAGUACUCCAAGAGGUUCUACGACUUCAUCACCACUAUUCUCUCAUAGCCCCCGGGAGUA